GAGAGCAUCUCCUGGGAAAGGAAAGAUUCAUGUAUUUCAUCCAGGACAAAAUUUUAGUAGCUUUUGUGUUGCAUGUAUGUUGAUUAAGAAUGCAUUUUUAAAUACAUUUUAGAAUGACAGACUUCAUUUUAAUGGUAAAUAUGUAAUAACAUUGAUUUGAUGAUUUUAUUGAUAUGCAGUGUCAUAGUUAUGAGCUAAUUUCAAAGUCAUGCUUACUGUGCAACUUGGAGUCAGGUGAGACAUACAGUACCUUACCCAUUAAUAAAAGUAUAAAGGUUACAAGAAUUUGCAACGUCACGUCAAUUUAUGUAUUUAUGUCAAUAAAGACAUUUUAUGUAAGAGUCAUUGUCAUCACUCCAAUAAAAGCAGGUGCUGUUCUCUCUUCCAGCUUCCAGUUUGAAAACUGUGCCUAUGCAGCUUUUAACAUACAAUCAUGGCUAAAGCAAAGAUGUGGAUCCUCAAAAAACACUUUGAGGGCUUUCCUAAGGAAAGUAACUUUGAACUGAGAGAAGAAGUUCUGCCAGAGCUUCAAGAUGGAGACGUGCUUGUGGAGGCGAUUUAUUUCAGUGUUGAUCCAUAUAUGAGAUCUCUGAGUAAAAUGUGGCAAAAAGAGGGGGAUGUGCAGUAUGGAACUCAGCUGGCAAAGGUACUGAAGAGCAAGGACCCAGCAUUUCCUGAGGGAUGUUACGUGGUUGCUGAUUGUGGGUGGAGGACUCACACUGUAACCAAAGCGAAGGGUCCAGCCGGGCCCAUCUUGACCCGGAUAGUAUCUGAAUGGCCCAGUGACAUCCCAAUGUCCCUGGCCCUUGGUUCCUUAGGGAUGCCUGGUUUAACAGCUCUGUAUGGCCUGGAAGAGGUGUGUAAGAUACAGCCUGGUGAGACGGUUCUGGUGAGUGCAGCAGCAGGUGCUGUAGGUGCAAUGGUGGGUCAAAUCUGCAAGAUCAAAGGCUGCAAGGUGGUGGGAUCAGCAGGAGGUGAUGACAAGGUGGCGUACCUGAAGGAGCUGGGCUUUGACCAGGCCUUUAACUAUAAGACUGUCCCCUCACUGGAGGAAGCGCUGAAGAAAGCUUCACCUGAAGGAUACGACUGCUACUUUGAGAAUGUGGGAGGGUCCUUCUUUACAGCAGCACUGAAAAACAUGAAGCCAGGUGGUCGUAUCGCUGUCUGCGGUGCAAUAGCCACAUACAAUGACACAACACCUCAGAUGUGUCCUUAUCCUCACCAUGAAAUUAUAACACGGCAACUGAUGGUAGAAGGUUUUAUGGUGAGAAGAUGGAGACACAAAGAUGAAGAAUCUGUCAAGAGAAUGCUUAAAUGGAUGAAAGAGGGCAAGCUGAAGACGAAAGAAGUGGUCACUGUUGGCUUCGAAAACAUGCCGACUGCCUUCAUGAAAAUGCUGAAGGGCGAUGGACUUGGGAAGGCUAUUGUUAAAGUCUGAAGAAAUGCAUAUGAUGUCUUUUUUAAAUGAAUAAUUUGCCUAUUAAUAUACACAUAAAAUACAGUGUAGACACAUAUCUAACACCUAAGUGUAGUCUGUGUCUAAAUAGUCCUGGGAACCAAAUUAAACCCAUUACUUGUCUACUAAGUGCUUUUUGUAGUAGAAACUAUGUUACAACAAGUGUUAUUAUAUUAACUGUCUGCAAUAUGUUUACAAAUAAAGCCAUGUAAAG